AUGUCCUCCGGCGAGGGCCAGGAGAUGCAGGUGGUGCAGCAGCAGGCCGGCGACCCCGCCGCCCCGGGCCUGGUGCCCGCCGGCGCCGGCGGGAACUACAUGGCCGCCUUCCCGCAGCAGCCCCUGUACGCCUGGCCCACCGACGCGGGCGUGCCGCCGUCCGCGCAGGCCUCGCCGCUGCACUCCGAAGAGCGCAUGCCGGGAGCCGCAGAGGCUCGCCCCCAGGACAUGGUGGACGCGUCCGCCGGCGGCUUCUUCAUGGAGGAGGUGUCCACCGCGGCGGGCACGCCCAGCGCAGCCCUGCCCGUUCCCGCCGCCCCGCUACCCGCGCCCGUGAACGGCAGCGUGGCCUGUGUCGUACCCCCCGCGGCGGUCGCCCAGCCGGAGCCGUCGCCCGGCGUGGUGAGCGCCGCGCCGCCCGCCGUGUCGCUGGACGACCUGCGGCUGGCGAUGCACCACUUCGCGACGGAGAGGGACUGGGACAAGUUCCACUCGCCCAGGAACCUGUUGCUGGCCAUGGUGCGGGACGUGGGGCAGCUGGCGGAGAUCUUUCAGUGGCGGGGCGAAGUGGGCAAGGGGUUGCCAGGAUUCACCCCUGAGGAGAAAAACCGCGUAUCAGAAGAGUUGGCUGAUAUUCUUCUUUAUGCAAUUCGACUUGCUGAUGUCAGCGGGAUCGACUUGGGCCAUGCAGCCUACAACAAGCUGCACAUCAACUCCCAGAAGUACCCACCUCCUGAGUAUGCAAGGACCUUCGAGACCGCAGCGAGGCAUAAGAAUGAGGAUGAGGUGGGCCGAAAGCGGCAACGGGAGCGGUUCAGUGAAGAGCAGGUUGCUGCGAUGACGCAGUUAGCAGAAAGGGCAGGAUGGUCAAUAACGGCCAUCACAUGGGAGGAGAGGGUGAAGUUUUGUGAUGAGUACUCAAUCACUAAGGAGCGACUGAGCAAUUUCUUCAACAAUCGCAAGCCCAAAGACCUAAAGAAGGGGCGCAACCGCACCCCUGGCCAGACGCCACCACAGCCACAGCACACGCCCUCAAUGGACGUGCAAGACGUGCAGCAGCAACCGCUGCAGCAACAGCAACCGCAGCACAGCAUGGGAGGAGUCCAUGGUGAUGUUGAGGAUGGUCCCGUUGUGGCACAACAGCUUGACCAGGUGAAGGUGGACGUGGUUGAUGGGACAGCAGGGGUCGUGCACACACAAUCACCUGUGAACGAUGCACAGGCCCAAGUGCCACCAGCUAUGAGAGAGCCAGCCACGGCAUAA